UCGUCACAUAUUAUGGCACCUCCGAUAAAUAAGGCAAGGCAUCAAUGAAUACAUGCAUCAAACAAUAAAGGCGACAUCGAAGAAUAAAUAUGUCAUAUAUAUUGGAACCUCUAACAAAGAAAGUCAUCGAAGAGUAAAGGCGUCACAUAUAUUGGCACCUCCUGACGAAAAAAGGCAUCUAUAAAUAAAGGCACCGACGAAGACAAGCAUCACAUACUGCAUUUUCAAAGAAUAAAGUCGGCACAUUCUAGCAAGUUCCACGAAUUUAAAAGGAAAAGCCUCUAACGAAUAAAUCAUAGCCUCUCGUAACGACAAAGCCUCAUAUAAACCAUUACUAAAAAGCCUCUUUCAGAAAACUUCAACUAGACGUACAUUCAUUGCAACGAAAAGUAUUUUACUGCCAUUUCAUGUCAAAGUAUUCUAUGAUUGAAACUUCCAGUCAACAGGUCACAUAAUAGUUGACAGAGAGAACGUCCUGCGGGAAAAAUCUUCUGUUUUAAGGUCAGUACCUUACAUUUUAUAUUUACUAAGCUGUGAAAGCUACAUUUACUAAGCUGUGAAAGCUAUAUUUACUAAGCUGUGAAAGCUAUAUUUACUAAGCUGUGAAAGCUAUAUUUACUAAGCUGUGAAAGCUAUAUUUACUAAGAUGUGAAAGCUAUAUUUACUAAGCUGUGAAAGCUAUAUUUACUAAGCUGUGAAAGCUAUAUUUACUAAGCUGUGAAAGCUAUAUUUACUAAGCUGUGAAAGCUAUAUCUACUAAGCUGUGAAUGCAACGUUACUAAAGCUAGUUGUACACUAGUUUGUUUACAAAUACUGACCACUUGCAUUCCUCAAGAGGAGACACCGAUCGAUAUUUAACUAGGUCAGCCAUAGUUAACCUCUCACCUGGGGACAGGUGUCGGUCAUCGCUAGUGUAGGCAGUACUUAUAAAUAGAAACGUUAUUAAGCUAUUACAAUGGCAUUAGUCUCGUACUUGUGGAAAGAAUACAUCAAAAUAGCCGCUUACGGUAACAUGCCACAAGAAAGAAUGGAGGAAUGGUGCACUCAAAAAGUAAAUUAUGAUAUACAAAAACGUAAGGCAGAAGAAAGAAGACGUAAAGAAGAAAAAGAGGUAGAAGAAAGAAGACGUAGAGAAGACAAAGAGGUAGAAGAAAGAAGACGUAGAGAAGACAAAGAGGUAGAAGAAAGAAGGCGUAGAGAAGACAAAAGAGCAGAAGAAAGAAAAAGAAUUAGAGAAGAAAAAAGAAGACAAGAAGACAAAGAGGCAGAAGAAAGAAAAAGGAUUAGAGAAGAAAAAAGAAGACAAGAAGAAAAAGAGGCAGAAGAAAGACAAAUGCCUAGAGACGACAAAAGAAGACAAGUAGACAUAGAGGCAGAAGAGAAGAAACGCAAAGAAGAAAAAGAAGAAGAAGAAAGAAAACUUAAAGAAAUACAAGAAGAAGAAGAAAGAAAACUUAAAGAAAGAAAAGAAGAAGAAAGAAAACUUAAAGAAAUACAAGAAGAAGAAGAAAGAAAAGUUAAAGAAAUACAAGAAGAAGAAGAAAGAAAAGUUAAAGAAAUACAAGAAACAGAAAGAAAUGAAACUGAAGAAAAAGAGACAAACAUUCCUGAAGGACCCUACAUUGUUUAUGAGUACAACAAGAAUACUACUGAACUUCAACUAUUUAAUAAUGAAGAAUUUAAAGCUGAUCAGAGGAAAGAUACAACUUUGACAAGAAUGUUCAAGAAGGCACAAACAAAUGUAAAGCAGCCAGGACUUAAUGUACCUUAUUUCAAAGAAGGAAUACUUGUGAAGAAAAGUGUUAGUUAUGAUACCUAUGAGUUUGUUGAACAAAUCAUUUUACCACUGAAAUAUACACAAGACAUCAUUGAAAAGAAUCAAUUUUCUACAUAGCAAAUUAGCGAGUGUGACGAGGACAAAGAAAAGAAUUCUUGACAAAUUUUAUUGGCCGAGUAUUACAAAAGAUGUUAAGAAACAUGUUAGUCAAUGUCCAGAUUGUCAAAUGAACAAUCCUAAGAGAAAACAAGUUCAAGAACAGAAUAUGAAUGUUGAACAAAGUUAUGAACCAGUUAAAAAUGUUAUACCAGACAAAAAUGACUCAAAUGUUGAGAAAUUAAACAAUUCUACAUUUAACUCUAAGACAGAAGGUCGUCUGACAUUGAUGGACAAUUUAUGCAACAAUCGUGAUAUGACUCAGCAACAAAGUGCUUCCAAAGAAAGUCAAUCAAAUACAGAUUUGAACAUAUUUGUUUCGAGUGCAUCAAUGUCAAAGUCAAAGCAAGAUGAAUCAGAAAAUAAAACAUUUCAACAUGGUUUUGAUAUAAAUAUUACAGUCAUAGAGCCAUGUGAAAAAACUAAAGAAGCUGAAGUCAACAUUGAAAAUGAAAGAGCAUUAAACGAAUACAGAAAGUUUAGAAAUUUUAAACAAGGAGACAAAGUGAAGUUAUGGUUACCUGACACGAGAAAUAAACUGAUUUAUACAUGGCAAGGUCCAUUUCCUAUCAUCAGAAAGAUUUCAAACGUAACUUAUGAAAUCAACAUUAACAAAUAUGUCAAAGUGUUUCAUGUUCAUAUGCUUGAAAAAUACAAUGAGGAUACAGAUAAUGAAAACUUAUCAAAAGAACUAGAAGAUAAUGUUACAUGCUUAGAGACAAUUCAAGAGGAAAAUGAAGACAAUAUAAAUGAACUAUUACCAACGACAUCAAAACAAAUUGAAUCUCUCAAAGACAUUGACUUAGAUCAUUAAAGUUGAAAAGUAAGACAGACCUGUUGAAUACAAGUGAAGAAUAUACUGAGAUAUUUCAUGAUGUUCCUGACAUAGCAACAUUUAUAGACAAUGUGUUUAACUUAAAAACUGACACACUUGCCAACUCAAAUGUUCAUUCUCUAACUUUGCACAAUAGAGAUUUACUGCAGAAAGACCUAACUGAUUUAUUAGUGCAAUGCAUACAUGAACAUUCGAACUCAAUGUUUUCUACUUCAAACGUUUUACAACGUAAACUAUCACUAAAAGAAAGAUUUAGUGUCGAUUUUGGACAGUUCUUGUUUGAACAUAUGAAAAGCAAAGAAUAUUGUAAGGACAAUAGCUGUAUGUUGCUUAAAGCUAAAGCUAGAAUAAAACGUAUUCAUGAACUGAGAGACAUUGUGUAUCAAUUGAAACAAAGUACAUUUGUAGCUAAACUAAGCAAGUUUGUAUUGAAACCAAAAGUGACAUUUUUCAACAGCAGAGUUGAACAAAACUCUCUGAAAACACAUGACAAUAUUGUUAAACGUAUUUUGAACUAUUAAGAACCAAGAAAGAAGAAAUGUACGGAUAGACUAGAAUUGUUUCAAGUGCCCGGACAGAAAAAAUGUACAAACAGACUAGAAUUGUUUCAAGUACCUGGAAAGAAGAAAGUUGCACAUUUAUUAAGACUGUACAGCUGGGUCAAGAUUUAUUUUAAUACUUAUGUCAUGCAAUUGUUUAUUACUUAGUAUAUUUACAUUAAUACUGUUGUUAUAAGAGUUUUAGAAAUGAGUAAUUUGACAUUGCACAUGUUUAGAUUUCAUAUAUUAUUAAGUAAGUUAAUAUUCAGAUAUUCUGUAUUAGCAAGUAAUAUGAUGAGAUGACAUGUAUUUUUCAGUAUUGUGAAGUUGUAUAAUUUUGAUAUUUUCUUGAGUUACAAAAGUUAGAAAGUUCAUGCUCAAAUAUCAUGUAGUGACAAGUGAUGUAUGGAACUAAGUUGUAUUUUAUAUAAUAUUAAUUUUAUAGGCUGAAUAUGUACAAAAUUUAGAAUUUUGAAUAAUGUAAAUGUAAUGCAACAAUUAUUUGAAUUAUCAGUUCUGUACUUUAUAGGAACAAUUUUUGUUAGAUUUUUGUGUGCAUAUAUUAUAAUAGAAAUAAUGUUAUUUUACGCAUUUUAUAUUGCAUACAAAAUGCUAAAAAGGCAAGGGGGUAAUGUCACGAGUCGAGUCUGUGACCUAUUUCGACCAGUUUCUAGAAGCAAGUUCAAACCAGUGCAAGUGUCCAGCGUAAACAAGUUAAUUUUAGAUAUCCAAUCAAAGAAAGAGGUUAAGGGAAAAAAUAGCACACGUCAGCUUCUAGAAGGUCAAAGUUACUAAAAUAAUUAUCUGAGAAGGUUCCAUGAUUCUGGAACGUACGAUCAAAGAAAGUAUAAAUAAGGGGAAAGUCAGUUAGACGGGGUCCUCGCAUAGUAGUAGUUCUUGUAGAGCGAUGGUCCUCGCAUAGUAGUAGUUCUUGUAGAGCGAUGGUCCUCGCUCAGUUCUUGAUUAGUAAUAAGUUUUGUGAUAUUAGCGGGUCCAUUAAGUAAAGUUUUAGUAGUUGAAGUUGAAGUUAUACUAAGUGAAGUUUUAUGUAUCUUUAAGUUUUAUUUAUGAAGUGUCAAGUUGUUAUUGAAUUAAGAAGUUAAUUUGAUGUGAAAGUUGAAGAAGUUAUUAAAGAAGUUUGAAGAAAAUACA